CCGACGUAAUCAGGCGCAUGCGCAGACAGAUCGAGUCUCGGGUCGUCUUAAAUGUUGCGUGUUGUCAAGUACGUACAUGUUAACAAAAAUGUUGUCUAUUUAGAGAAAACGUCGAUUAAUAAUUGUUUCCAUCCGGAAACAUUAGCGUGGUUGCACGUUGUUGCGUUCUUAGCUUCGCUAAUUUAGCUCGCUAGUUAGCGUAGUUGGCUAGUUAGCUUAGCUUGCUAGUUAGCUUAGCUUGUUAGCUGCUAACAAAGAGACGCGGAAGUUGUUUAAACGUCGCAAAGUAGAGAACUAAUGUGAGUGCAAAGUGUUGGGAUUGUGUGAAAAUGUGCGAAAGAACGAUAGCGGAGUGCGAGGAGGAACUUUCUAGAACAAAAGAGGAGAACUAUCAACUACUGGACGCUGUUUUCAAGAAACAUCAAGUUGUGUUACACAGAACAGAACAUCUUCCGAACCCAUGGUCCGCUGGCAUUAAAGAAGAAGAGGAGGAGCAACAGUCCCCUUGCUUUAAAGAAGAAAAGAAGGAGCCACGGUCUCCUCACAUUAAAGAGGAAGAGGUGUCACAGCCCCCCUACAUUAAAGAGGAGGAAGAAGAAUACAGCAUCAGUCAGGAGGGGUCCCCAGUGACUGGUGUCCCUGUGAAGAGUGAAGAUGGUGAGGUCAAAUGUGAAAAUGCGGAGCCUCCAACACAACACACGGACACGCUCUUAGCUCCACUAUCAGAAAGCGACGACGCAACGUCUCACACCCACGCAAACGCGGACUCUCACUUGCGAACGCACGUCCGAGGGAAACCGUUCAGUUGUUCCGUUUGCAGCACGCAAUUCUCCCAGAAGACAACCAUGCUGGUGCACGCCAGGACGCACACGGGGGAGAAACCUUUCCGCUGCUCGGUCUGCGGCAAGCGCUUCGCGCAGCAGGCGCACAUGCUGUCUCACGCCAGGACGCACACGGGGGAGAAACCCUUCCGCUGCUCGGUCUGCGGCAAGCGCUUCGCGCAACAGGCGCACAUGCUCUCCCACGCCAGGACGCACACGGGAGAGAAACCCUUCAGUUGCUCGGUGUGCGGCGGCGCGUUCGCCCAGACGUCCUCUCUGAACCGGCACAUGAGGACGCACACCGGAGAGAAACCCUUCAGCUGCUCGGACUGCGGCAAGAGCUUCUCCCAAAAGGUGAACAUGCUCUCGCACAUGAGGACCCACACGGGGGAAAAACCUUUCAGUUGCUCAGUGUGCAGCGUUGCGUUUUCUUUCUUGUCUUCUUUGGAUCGACACAUGGAGAGGCAUCCUAUUCCAAAUGUGUCACUGCUAACAAAGCGAACCGGAAGUUGUUUAAACGUCGCUAAACGGAGAUCAAGUGUGAGUUUAAAGUGUGGCAAACGUGUGGAAAUGUGCGAAAGAGCGAUGGACGGAAACGAGGGGGAACUUUCCAGAUCCAAAGAGGAGAAGGAGCUACUGGAUGUUUAUUAUAAGAAACAUCAUCAAGUUGUGUUACACAGAACAGACGUCAGUGAAGAACAUCUUCCACCCGAGCCUCAGCCCGCCCACAUUAAAGAGGAAGAUCGCGAGUGGGCGCCCACUCGCGUUAAAGACGAAGCAGAGGAGCCAUGGCCCCUUUGUUUUAAAGAGGAGGAAGAGGAGGCGCCACAUCCCCUGCACAUCAAAGAGGAAGAGGAGGAACACACCAUCAGUCAGGAGGGAGAGCAUAUUGAAGGACUGAUGUUUCCAGUGACUGGUGUCCCUGUGAAGAGUGAAGGUGAGGAGGUCAAAGGUGAGCGUGAGGAGAAGAAAGGGGCGGAGCCUCUGACACAACACGUGACCACAGAAGCUGAUGGAGACAACCUCUUAGCUCCACUGUCAGAUAGCGAGGACACAACCUCACACAACAACGCCUCGGAAAAACCGUGCAGUUGCUCGGUGUGCGGCCACGCCUUCUCUCAAAUGUCCUCGCUGCACCGACACUUGAGGACGCACACGGGAGAAAAACCCUUCCGCUGCCCUGACUGCGGCAAGAGCUUCUCGCAGAAGGUGACCAUGGAGUCGCACGCGAGGACGCACACCGGCGAGAACCCCUUCCGCUGCGCCGUCUGCGGCAACGCCUUCACCCAGGCGUCCUCGCUGCGGCUGCACGCCAAAACGCACACCGGCGAGAAACCCUUCCGCUGCUCGCACUGCGGCAAGCGCUUCACCCAGAGGGCGCACAUGCUGUCGCACGUGAGGACGCACACCGGGGAAAGACCGUUCGGUUGCCCCGUGUGCGGUAAGGCCUUCGCCCAGACUUCCACGUUGAAUCAACACCUGAAGACGCAUACAGGGGAGAAACCUUUCAGUUGCUCCGACUGCGGCAAAAGCUUCACCCAGAAGGUCACCAUGCAGGCACACAAGAGAACGCACACGGGAGAGAAACCUUUUAGUUGCUCGGUUUGCGGUAAGGCCUUUUCUUUCUUAUCCUCUCUGGAUCGACACAUGGAGAGACACUGAUGGCCUGAUGUGACAUGGGUAUGGUUUUUCUUUUGUAUUUUGUAUAAAUCCAUCAUGCACAGAGUUAGGCUGUGUCCCCACACAUGUUUUUAGUUCCACACUUCAACACGGCCAAAGUAGAGCGAACAUAAUCAUACCCCUUUUUUUCUGUCAUAGAAUUUGUUAACACAUUUUCUAUUCUUGAAUUCGAACUAAUGAUAGAAGAUGUCACAUUUUUAGUGAGGUUUAAAAUUUUAAUCGGGAUUCCUCCUUCUAUUUGUAAACACAUUGAUUUUGAACUCCUAUUUAAAGUGGAUCAUAUGACUACAUUGUUUAUGUAUUCGUUCCAUAAUUGUAUUCCGCUUACUGUUUUGCUAAAGGUUUUAAGUGUUGUACGUGCACACACAUUUAUAUAUUUCUCCUCUUUGGAAGGGAAGAUUUGUUGUAUAUUUUUGGCUCGCAGGUUACAGUUUAGAUGUUUGCAAAUGCACCGAGUCAUUGAUUUUCAAUAUUUUGGAUUCAAUAAAUAAAAUGUUUGUUAUUC